CCUACUCGUUAAAGAUAGUGAUUUCUUAAAAAUUGUCUCCUUUGAUAAAAGUGGAUAUAUUACACAUACUGAUAAAGUUACAUCCUCUCAAUUCCGGAAACAUGUGAUUUUAUUUACUUAAUUAAAGAAUAUCAUCAAUGGAGUCACGUUUGAAGGUAGUUGUUAUAGGUGCAGGUGCAGCUGGCUUAUGUGCAGUGAGACAUUUAUUAUCGGAUCCGGACCACUUUGAGUUCGAUGCUUUCGAGCAGAAACAUUACAUAGGAGGUAUAUGGAAUUAUUCGGAAAAAGUUGGCUCUGAUGAAUAUGGUUUACGAAAUGAAUCAAGCAUCUAUAAAAACCUAUUAACGAACAUACCAAAAGAGACAAUGGCCUUUCCAGAUUUUCCAUUUCCACACCACGGUGGCUGCUCUUAUAUUCACCAUACACAAGUACUGCAGUACUUACGAGAUUAUUCUGAGCAUUUUGACCUGCAUAAUCAUAUUAAUUUUCACAAGAUGGUGAUGCACGUUAAACCAUUGAAAAGUUCAGAUGAGAGAGUAAAGUGGCGCGUCACAUAUUCUGAUGUAGUGACGAAAGAAAGAGAAACUAAGAUGUAUGAUGCUGUGAUGGUAUGUAACGGCCGUCAUAGCGUACCUAAUAUGCCUGAAAUACCUGGAAUCGAUGACUUCCAAGGAAUUAUGAUGCACAGUCAUGCUUACAGAGAAAAUACUCCAUUUAAGGACUUGAAAGUAGCUGUUUUGGGAGCUGGACCUUCUGGUGAAGACAUCGGUUUUGAAAUUGCUGAAGUGGCGAAGGAGGUGAUUUUGAGUCAUAAUUCAAAGCUGAAAACGUGUCCCUUGCCAAAGAAUAUGAUUCAAGUAAAAGGAGUUAAUCGUGUGAACAAAUCAUCGGUAGAACUUAUUGAUGGGCAAACUUAUGAAUGUGAUGCAAUCGUCUUAUGUACUGGUUAUCUGGUGGAUUAUUCUUUCCUGGAUCCCAGCUGCAAUCUACAGAUACAAGACCAAAGGAUAACUCCGCUUUACUUCCAUACAUUCCAUAUUGACUACCCAACACUGGCCAUAUGGGCUGUGACCAGAUAUAUCCUGCCAUUCCCUGUCUAUGACCAGCAAGUGAAGGUCUUUUUGAAAUAUCUGAAAGGAGAUGUAGCUCUCCCGAGUGCAGAGGAGAUGAGAAGAGAAGAGGAGAGAGAUUUCAAGUGGAGAUUGGACAUGGGUUUUAAACCGAAUCACGCUCACGACUUGCUGAAUGAACGCCUGUGGAAGUUCGAUGAUGGUUUUAGUGAACUUGGUCAAAUCGAUCCCAUUCCAAAUAGCAUUCGAAACUUGAUCCGGCAAGUUAUAAAAGAAAGGGAUGUCAACUUGAUGAAUUACAAAGAAAAGAAUUACGCAUUGGUUGAUAACGAGACAUUUGUUGAACUGGGCUGAAGUUUAUAUCCUAGUUAAUCUUAUUUCUUGAUUUUUCCUCACUAAGCAUCAAUGAUAAAGAACUGUCCCCUUCUUGACUAUUGAACAGAUUCGAAAUAAAAGAGAAUUUUGUGUUUACAA